UCCCGGGAGUUAGUGAUGCCUCGACCUUGCUAGGAAAAAAAACAGGGGAAUGUCUCUACGCUGCGCGGGCGCCGCCCGCAGCGUGGGGCCCCGGGUAUUUGGAAAGUAUUUAUGCAGUUCAGUCCGAGCAGUAAGUUCCUUGCCAGAUAAAAAAAAGGAAUUUUUACAGAAUGGACCAGACCUUCAAGAUUUUGUAUCUGGUGAUCUCGCAGACAAGAGCACCUGGGAUGAAUAUAAAGGAAACCUAAAACGCCAGAAGGGAGAAAGGUUAAGACUACCUCCCUGGCUAAAGACAGAGAUUCCCAUGGGGAAAAAUUACAAUAAACUGAAAAAUACAUUGAGGAAUUUAAAUCUCCAUACAGUGUGUGAGGAAGCUCGAUGUCCCAAUAUUGGAGAGUGUUGGGGAGGUGGAGAAUAUGCCACUGCCACUGCCACAAUCAUGUUGAUGGGUGACACAUGUACAAGAGGUUGCAGAUUUUGUUCUGUUAAAACUGCGAGAAAUCCACCUCCACUGGAUGCCAAUGAGCCCUACAAUACUGCAAAGGCAAUUGCAGAGUGGGGUCUGGAUUAUGUUGUCCUGACGUCUGUGGAUCGAGAUGAUAUGCCUGAUGGAGGAGCUGAGCACUUUGCAAAGACUGUAUCAUACUUAAAAGAAAGGAAUCCAAAAAUUCUUGUGGAAUGUCUUACCCCGGAUUUCCGAGGAGAUCUUAAAGCAAUAGAAAGAGUUGCUCUGUCAGGAUUAGAUGUAUAUGCACAUAAUGUAGAAACAGUUCCAGAGUUACAGAGGAAAGUUCGUGAUCCCCGGGCCAAUUUCGACCAGUCUCUACGCGUACUGAAACACGCCAAGGAGGUUCGGCCUGAUGUUAUUUCUAAAACAUCUAUAAUGUUGGGUUUAGGCGAGAAUGAUGAGCAAGUAUAUGCAACGAUGAAAGCGCUUCGUGAGGCAGAUGUGGACUGUUUGACUUUAGGACAAUAUAUGCAGCCAACGAAGCGCCACCUUAAGGUUGAAGAAUACAUUACUCCUGAGAAGUUCAAAUACUGGGAAAAAGUAGGAAACGAACUUGGAUUUCAUUAUACUGCAAGUGGCCCUCUGGUGCGUUCUUCAUAUAAAGCAGCAUGGCUGGUGAGCAGAGGAGGUCCAUGCCCGGCAUUCAAACCUGCGAACCUGGGCCGCUGAAAUUGAACACAUGGAACUUGAACCACUCCGCCACUGGGCAGGGCCCCCCUGCAUCCAUCUUUUUGCUACCAUUGCUUCUGCCACUGACAUGCUUAUUUGACCCACCCUUCCCUACCAAGAUCAUGUCUGUCUAUUGGGACCCGCCUCAAAAGCCACCCUGCCUCCUGGAAUUCUUCCUGUUUUCCUCAGCUGGAGUAAACUUGAUGCCCACACAGCAUUUUGUUUUUAUAAUUUAUGGCUAUUUUCAUAUUUGGUCAGCUAUUUCUGUACGUGUCUUAGCUUUUUUACAAGAUUGCUCUCAUUCAUUUAUGUCCUCCAUUUCUUAGCACCUCAUAGCAUCUGCCUUAUAGUGGGUACACAGACGGCUAAUUUGAAAUAUUUUAAAUAGAGUUAUGUGAAUGUGAGUACAAAUGAACUUACAUGGACAGCUAGACCUUAAUUUCGCUAGCUUGUCUUGCCAAACCCUACCCCCUCUACCCCAUCCCCAGCCUCCUGUAGAACCUCAGACCCCUUUCUAGUAAGUAGUUGGGAGUCCCCAGGAGGGUGAAGGGCAUGUACUCACAUCUUCCUCAGCUGCAGCUCAUGCUGUUUUGCCAUAUCCACCUUCUGGUUUUUUCCUUGGGAUGCUAUUCCAUUAUUCUGCCAAAGACCAAGGGUACUCACUCCUCUUAAUAAUAAUUAAGACCCCUAAAAUUAGGAUGCUUUGAACUUCAAGUAAGAAAAGCUCUUCUUCAAACUGUUGUGAUCUUGAGCAAGUAACUUAAUCUUUUUUGCCUUCUGCCCUUCAUCUGAAAAUGGGGAUAGCACUUAUCUCAAAGGAAUUAUGUGAGGAAUAGAUGAGAAAAUGCACCUAAAGGUCUUAGCGUAGUGCCUGCCCGAUAAUGCUCAGUGUUAAUUACUGUAUUUUUAGUGAUUGCUAAACUUACACGUGGCUUUGGUUCUGUGGGACCUGCUCGUUAUGGUGUCUAACAGGAGUGCCGACCACCUGCCAGCCACUGUGCCAAUAAGAUCUUUGUGUAAACAUUGAUCUCAUGUAAUCCCUAUAACAACUUUUUGAGCUAGAGAUGAAUUAUCUCUAUUUUACAGAUGAGGAAAAUAAAGCUUUCAGGUAACUUAGCCAACAUAUCACAUGCUAGUAAGUAAUGCAGUCAGGAUUUAAAACUGGAAGUCUUAAGUGGAGUAACAGAUGAUUUCUGGAGAGCACAUUGUGGGAGAGAGAUUUUACUUUUUUAUGUACUCUUUUAUAUCUAUUUGAAUGUUUUUUACCAUGUCCCUGUAUUGUUUUGUUUUAAUUAUUAGUUAAUAAUCUCGCCAAUAUUCAUUGCCCCCACUAAAAAAAUACUAGCUAAUAAAAAUAGAACCCUUGUACAGGGUGGGAGGGGGGGCGAAAGGGGUAAAGGG